CAUAGGUUAUAAAUAAAUGUUCUAAAAUUAGAGGGGACAACUACUCACCCCUAAAUGAAGGGAUUGACGAAAUGAUGAAACGAGAUGAACGAACGGUUGACAACGUUGAACAACGAAUGGUUUCUCGUGGACACCUCCUUCUCUUCUUCCUCCUCGUCUACUCACCGGAACCGUCUCCGUGGGCUGCUACUGCUUGGCCGAACAAGAGAAGGGAGAAGGGAGUUGAGUGUCCCUUGUUUGAGACACUCUUGUACCCUAUUUCUGGUCAUAUUGGAGCUUGCUUGGUGGUCUCUGUGACCCAUGAUGAGUUAUCUGGUGUUGGUAUAAAGCUUGAGGAUGAACUAGCUGCUCUUUGGUUGCUAAACACUUUGCCUGAAUCUGGGGAGAUAUUUAGGGUCUCAAUUAUCAAUUCUGCCCCGGAUGGCAAGAAUGAGAAAAAGGAUGAAGGUGCUGACCGUGUUUCUACUGCUGAUCUUGUUGAUGAUUUGAUCUUUGUCACCGAUGCAGAUGUGGUUAAUGCAGUGUUAGAUGACCAGAGCUGGGUUAUUGAUAGUGGUGCUAUGUUGCAUGUGACUCCAAGGAAGAAAUUCUUCACAUCCUUAAAGGCUGGCAGUUUUGGCAAAUUGAAAAUGGGCAAUGAUGCAGUUGUAGAGGUUGUUGGUAUUGGAGAUGUCUGCUUAGUGACUCAGAUGGGUACUAAGUUGCUCCUAAAAGAUGUUAGGUAUGCUCCUGAUGUUCGCUUGAAUCUUAUUUCUGUUCAUAGACUUGAUGAUGAAGGUUAUGAAAACCAUUUUGGUGGUGGAAAAUGGAAGCUUAAAAGGGGAAAUCUGGUAGUGGCUCGUGGCAAAAAGGAGUCCAAGCUGUAUCGAUUGGAAAGUGUGCUCUCUCGUGAUGUGAAUGUUAUAGAAAGUUCAAAAGCAUCACAUUUGUGGCAUCGUAGGCUCAGUCAUAUUAGUGAGAAGGGGUUGAAUCUUUUGGCUAAGAAAGAUGUACUGCCUGGUUUGAAGAAUGCAGAAUUGGAGAAGUGUUAUCACUUCUUGGCAGGAAAACAAAGCAGAAUAUCCUUCAAGAAGCAUCCUUCUUCGAGACGUGCUGAGUUACUUGAGUUGAGGUUUGGAAAGAAUAUUUCCUAUGACCACUUGAGGAUGUUCGGCUGCAAGGCAUUUGUGCAUGUUCUAAAAGAUGAGAGAUUGUAUGAUCCAGUGGAGAAGAAAUUGGUUAGAAGCCGUGAUGUGGUAUUCAUGAAAAACCAAACCAUUGAAGAUAUUGAUAACGCGAGGAGAGCAAAUCCCAUAGAUAGCUAUGAGCUUAUUGAUGUAGAACCGGUUAGAGCUACUCUAGAACCUGAGAUACUGCUUGAAAAUGUUGAUACGGAUGCUGGUCAACCACAUGGAGAUGAGCUACAUGUUCCCAGUGUAAAUGGUGAAAUGCAAUCAGAGGAACCUCAAGAUGAGGUUGUAGAUCCACCUCAAGUCCCCCUUAGAAGAUCUACCAGGGAGAGACAUCCAUCCUCUACAUAUUCUCCAAAUGAAUAUGUGACCUUGACUGAUGGGGGAGAACCGGAGAAUUUUCAAGAACCCAUGGAGUGUGAAGAUAAAGAUGAAUGGGAAGAGGUGCUGAUGAAGAAAGUCGGAGACAAGUUGAUCCCCAAGACCGAAGAUGAAUUUGAUACCGAGGACAUCAAAAAGGAGAUGUGGGAUAAGCUCGAGGUGACGUACGAAGGGACAGACCAAGUACGUGAAGCCAAGAUCGACUUCCUCACCCAAGAGUAUGAGAUGUUUAGGAUGAAGGAGUACGAGAAAAUUGACGACAUGUUCGACCGAUUUUCCAAGAUAGUCAACGAUCUUCAUGCAUUAAAGAAGACUCACACCGACAGGGAUCUUGUGCGAAAGAUCCUACGGAGCUUGACAUCCGAAUGGCGAUCCAAGGCCGAUGCCAUCUAUGAGUCAAUCGGCACAUCAAAUGUCACCAUCGACGGUUUAAGAGGUAAUUUAAAAACUUAUGAAUCUACUAUACUUAACUUGUCUUUGAAUGACCAAAGGAAAGGCAUAGCAUUAAAAGCCUUCAAAGAACCAACGAUGAAUGACUCAAGUGACGAUGAUGAAGUCAAGCUUGUCAUGAAGAAGUUUUGCAAACUUCUAAGGAAGAAAGAAAAGGUUGAGGAUGGCCCUGUGUGCUAUGGAUGUGGUGAAGCCGGGCACAUCAAGAACAAAUGCCCAAGAAGCGGAAGGAAUGCUUGUCACUUCAAAAAGCAAAGAGCAUACAUCUCUUGGGGUGGCGACUCCGGCGAUGAGUCAAGCGAGCAAGAGGAAGACGAAGAAGCAAACCUUUGUCUCAUAGCUCAAGAAAAAGAGGAGUCCGCCAACGACGAAAACCAAGAGGUACGUAUCGAAGUGAGGAACUCAGGGGGAACCAGCGAUGGGUUGUUUAUCCCAUCGCUGGGAAGGAAGUAUUUUCUAACGAGCAGCCCUCUUCCCAUCGAUGGGAACUUCUUCCCAUCGUUGGGUUUUUGACACUUUUUUUAAAAAAUUUUUUUAACGGAUUUCCAGUAGCUGUCUUCCCAUGGAUGGGAGAACCUUACCAUCGCUGGGAAGCCUGUUGCAAUUCAAAAAUCAUAGCCGUUGGGCACCUCAUUCAAUGCCCAACAGCCAUAUUGUUGAACACCAAGGGCCCAAAUUCUCUUUUCCUAUAAAUAUUAACCAUCCUU